CUUCCUCGCGUGCUUCGGGGCGGAGCUGGCGUGGGAGAGUUGCACGCAUCCCGGCGUUCAGAAGGGGGCGAUCGUGUGAAUCCUCCGGGUUUUGCCUCUUGCGACUCCGCCAUUAAACCACCGAGCAAGAGGAGGCGGAGGAGGCUGCAGCCUUAAAGCGAGAGAUCGGGGCCGUUGCAGAGACCGCCUGCAGCCUCCGACGCCCCGCUUCCAGCCGGGGACUGCGCCAGGGAAUUGUAGUUCGCGGGCGCCGAAACGGAGCUGAGCGAGCGGGGAGCAGCGCCGGUAGGAACCGGGAUCACCAUCGAUCGCGGAAGACUAUCGCCUAACCACUGAGCUUCACUGCCAGGCAAUGGUCAGGAGCAGGUGGUAUAUAUGAUGGUUGAACCCCAUCAACCACAAUCCAAUCCUUUAAAGGACUAGAAGAUCAACCAAGAAAUUAGCUGUUCCUUCUUUCGUGUUUCUGGCCAGACUUUCAGGGAUUGAGACCAAGAUAGUUUCCUGUCAAUCAACCGGCUUCUAGAUUGGCCCAGUGAACUUUGGAAGCGAUGAAGAAGCAAAAAUCUACAGGUCCGGAACUGGAACUCAGACCAGACCCAGCAGGAAAAGCAAGCAGGGUGCUCCUGCCUGGAAUUACGAUCGAGCGACCAGGCUGUGGAGCGUCUGAAGACUGCAAAGGGGGACCUGGCAAGGGGAGGCAAGAGCGAUGGGAAGCCCAGUGGCAGCAGUUCCUGAAGACCCUGCAGCCCCUUCACCCAGAAGGGGGAAGCCCCCCAGAGACGCCUGAGUCUGCCCCCUGGGAAGACGCCAGCGCCUUUCUGGCCUCCUUUGAGCAAGUGGCCAAAGCCUGCCGCUGGCCCAGAGGAGAGUGGGCAGCCCGGCUCCUCCCUGCGCUGAGCGGGGAAGCAGACGAGGCCUUCCAGAGCCUGGAAGCCGGAGACAGAGAGGAUUAUGGGAAGGUGAAGGCGGCCAUCUUGCGAGGGGUCGCCCUGAGGAUGGAGGCUGAGCGCCAACACUUCCGGCAGUUCUGCUGCCAGCAGGUGGAAGACCCCCGGAGGAUCCACCUGCAGCUGCAGGAUCUCUGCCACCGGUGGCUGAAGCCAGAGAGACGCAGCAAGGAGCAAAUCCUGGAGCUGCUGGUCCUGGAGCAGUUCCUGGCCAGCCUCCCGCCAGAGCUGCAGAGCUGGAUCCGAGCAGGAGGACCGGAGUCGUGUGGGCAGGCGGUGGCCCUGGCGGAGGAGUUCCUGAUGGCCGGCCAGCAGGUGGGCAAAACAGACAAAUGGCAGGGGCCGCUGCAAGAGGUGUGUUUGGGUUCUCUGGAUGCAGUUGAGGAGCCCUCAGAUCCAGCCGAGGGGCAGGUCUGCUACGAAGGGAAGCAGGAAAGCGAUGGGGAGAUCAGGUUGCUGGGCAGCGGAAUCAAGUGCUCAGGUCACUCUAGUUCCUUGUCUCCUGCGGAAGGACAAAGGAUGGCUGACUCAGGUCUGAAUGAGGGGUUGGUGAGCGUCAAGGAGGCAGGUGUCUCCUUGCACCUAGUGGAGCCGACUCUGAUCCAGCCAGGCCAACAGACGAUGUUCUGGCAAGUCCUGCAGGAGGAAGAUGGGAGCACCGAAUCCUUGGAGGGAUUUUUGGCACCCAAACCUGAUUUCCCCUCCCACCCCAAAAAGGAGGACGAGAUGUUCCACCAGUUCUCGGUGCAAUGUGAACAAUCCUCGGACCAAGCUAUGGGUGAUGGGAAGCGAAGUGAGCUGAAGGUGGAGGCUUCGCAGUAUGGAGGAAAUGAGCCUGAGCCACAACCAGAUAUGGGCCAAGGGAAUGGACCAAUGGCAGCUGAGCUGUGUGAGAAAAGAUGUGAUGGGAAAAGACAUUGGAUCAAGAUGGAGAAAUCUCAGCUAGGAGAAACUUUGCUGGCAGAAGCACAUAGGACGUUAGCAGAAACAUCCCGAUGGGAUUUCCCUGGGGCAUCUGAAAUUUUUGAGGACCGAUGGGAAUCCAAAGACCAUCAGGAGAAGCAGCUGCUGAUGGAGAAAAAGAAUGAAUACAAAGAGGUCGUGCAAAUUCUCCCACCUGCUGUUAGCGCCAUGCAGGCACAGGGGGGAAAGCUCUUCUCCAAGCAGGUCAGAAAAUCCCGCUACAAAUCGGGACUUCUUAUGAUCCCUAAUAGGGAGAACGCCUAUAAAAGUCCCACACUGGAAGAAAACGUCCAGCUGAAAUGUUUCUUGGAUAACCGUUCAGGAAUCUCUGCAGGUGAGAGGCAACAUGAGCUCUCUGAGGGCAGGAAAAGCGUCCGCCGUGGGGACGGUUUGAUCGAGUAUCAGAACAGUCGCACGCAAGCGGAUCCCUACGAAUGUCCUGAGGAACGGAAAAACAUCGGGAACAGAAAGGCGUUAAAGCGGGAUCAAGGGAUUCAGACAGAGGGGAGGCGAUACCAAUGUACGCAGUGCGGGAAGUUCUUCAGACACAGGCAGACGCUGACUAAGCACCAGAAAAUUCACACGGGAGAGAAACUGCACGAGUGCCCCGCGUGUGGGAAAGGGUUCACCUCUCGGGAGCCGUUACUGAGACAUCAGAGGAUCCACACGGGAGAGAAGCCGUACGAAUGCCCUCAGUGUGGAAAGUGCUUCAGGCAAAGGGUGCACCUGAUGUGCCACCAGAAAACCCACACGGGAGAGAAGCCAUUCAAAUGCCCCGAGUGCGGGAGGAACUUCUCUCGGAGGGAUAAGCUGAUCAGGCACCAGAGAAUCCACAGAGGGCAAAGGCCUUAUUCGCACCCGGAGGGCGGGAAGAGUUUUGAUCAGAGAGCAACGCUGGUGAAACACCAGGGCCUCCAAGAAGGGUACUGAGAGACUCUUCUGCUUUGUAGACGGCAACACAUUUUCCACAGUCAGGAGGAAGCAGGGGCUCAAGCUCCCAUCCCUGAAAGCAGGUUUUAAGUAGGUUGCAUUGCCACAGAGAAAUAAAUACGGUGGUACCUCAGUUUUUGAACGUAAUCAGUUCCGGAAGACCGUUCGAGUUCCAAACGUUUGAAAACCUAAAACUCAAUGUGGAAGCUGCGUGGCAUGUUUGACUUCUGAGGUGUGUUCAAAAACCGAAGCAUUUAUUUCCAGGUUUACGGCGUUCAAAAACUGAAAUGUUUCUCAACGGAGACAUUCAAAAACCGAGGUACCACUGAAAAUAAAAGGAGAGGCCAAGCCUCCAGGUGGAAAUUUCCUCUGUGGCCUGUGCAGUACAAGAAAGCACAUGCAUCGCGUGGCGUUUCGUGAGCAGGCCUGUUUCUUCAGAAUCCCUGUUUGCAAAGUUCUGAAGGAGUACAAUAAUAAAAGGAAUUCCGGC